CCCGCCCCUGAGGACGGUGCGUCGUUGGCGGCGUCAAUAUUAUUUAUUAUUCCCGUUAGUCUCGGUAUUUAGCGCCGCUGCUGCGCGCGGUUGUCGUUGGAAAGGAAGCGUCUUGUUGUUUUCUCUCCAGCGCGUGUUUCACGCAUGUUUUCGGGGUUCUCGCGGCUGGCUGCGCGGGAGCGCAGUGAUGCUCUGCGUUAAGGGCUCGUGAAUCGUCGGGAGUCUGAAGUGCUUUGGUGGAUGGUUGAGUUGUUAGUUUGAGUGUGUUGGUGUGUGUGCGCUCCGUUCCCAUGGCGAACAUGAGCAGCGGCGUGUGCAUGGAGACCCCACACACUCACGGCCACGCCCACGGUCACGCCCACAACUACACGCCCACCCCAGGGCGGGACUUCCCCCUGCAGAUGGACUCCUGCAUGAAUCCGGUUCUGGACUACAGUGCCCAGAUGGAGCGCUACCGCUCCUUCGCCAACUUCUACAAGAACAGCGCCGCUGCUGGGCCAUUCCCCCAGGCUGCCAAGAUCGCCCGCAUCGCCACGCCCAUCUUCCCCUCUGCCCGCCUCUCAGCCAUGCCCCCUUGGCCCUGCGACAACGGCAUGCUGUGGGCGCGCAAGCCGGCCGCCGUCAACGUGGAGGGGGCGCACGCGCACGCGCACCGGCCUGCCAUGUCCCGCGCCGAGCCCGUCAACGUGCACAUGCCCGCCAAGCACCUCGGUCAGGACUCCGCCCUCCCCAUGGCCGCCGACAACUUCCUGUCGCCGCUGACGGCCGAGCAGUGCCGCGCGUUGCCGGUGGGCGGAGCCGAGUGCGUGAACCGCCUCAAAGUGCCACCCUCGGUUCCGGUUCCGCCUGGCGGGGGCGCCGGCGAGGCAGAGAGGGGUGGGACUGCGUUCGGAGGGAUGCCCCCGCUUGGAGGCCUGUCUCUGCCACCGGGGGUCAUCGUCAUGACGACGCUGCAUUCAGGCGCGGGGUCGUCGGGGGUGACGAUGUCGGACAGUGCGUUUCAGAUCGCCAACGCGGCGGCGGCGGUGGCAGACUGCCAGCACAGCGGAUCCUCCGGCGGAGCGGCCAAACGGAAGCGGAAGCGCUGCGGAGUGUGCGCCCCCUGCAGACGACUCAUUAACUGCGGAGUGUGCAGUUCCUGCAGGAACAGGAAGACGGGUCAUCAGAUCUGCAAGUUCAGGAAGUGUGAGGAGCUAAAGAAGAAACCAGGGAGCACGGUGGAGAGAGCUUCCUCUGUAGGAGCAGCAGACACCUUUCGCUGGUUCUUCUAAAAACACCAUCAGUGGAUCCCAAACGAGAACGGGGCAGCUGAGAAGAAAACUAACACAGUCCCACACAAGCGUGCACAACCCCCGAACUGCACACACACUCACUCCCAGCACCCUGACACACUCCUCCAAUCAGUGAUCCACUCGCCUGAGUCUACAAACAUCUCCACAUGGACAGAACAGGAACAUCACCUCUCUCUCUCUCUCUCUCUCUUUCUCUCUCUCUCUCUCUCUCUCUCUCUCUCUCUCUCUGGAUGCUGGCUGGAGUUCGAGGAGCAUUUAGACCUCAGUGUGGUGCUUAUUUCCUGCCCUGGUAAAAAGACACCCACCCACAGACACAUACCCACAGACACCCACACAUACACACACACACACACACACACACACACACACACACACACACACACACACACACACACACACACACACACACACACACACGCAACAAGAAUCAAGCAAAACACUUACUCAAGUCCGACAUCGUACAUCAUACAUCACACAUGCUCAAUUCUCACCAGAAAACUGAGCGUUCCCCACUCUGAGCGUUCCCUGAGCAGUACUGAGUAGUACUGAGCAGUACCGAGCAGUACCGUUACUUCUAUACCUCAAGGAAACGAAGGAAACGGAAGAAUGAGAGACAGACAAAAGAACUGAGGAUGCGAAGAGCAGAGAAAUGUGAUAUGCUUGUGGUCAUAUGUCGAAAGCAGCUCUGUAAAGAGAACUGCGCACCCCUGGAGUUAUUCUGCUUUGUUUUUGGCAUUAAACCUUCAGAUAACCAGUGGACAGGUGAAAUAAAAAUUCUGAUUUGAGCUUGUUGUCUGGAAGCAGCUGUAGAGUUCGAAUCUCUCUACACUCUAAACACUUCACUGUUGCAUGAGUAGAAAAUGUGUUUUGGUUUUAAUUAAAGACUUUAAAUAACUUUGUACAUUGCUGUUGUG